AUGAUGACUAAAAUCACUUGGAAGCCCAAACAUACCCAAAAGGAAUCUCAACCUCUUGCUGAUGGCAAUGACAAGAAAAUCAUAUCCAAGGAGGUUGAACCAACAACUGAGAUAGUCAUGUCAAAAGAGAAGCCUCCAUUAGAUCCUGGAAGUAGCAGUAACAGUGGAAUUCAAGCUACUAAAUUCAGGCAGCCCACUCAUAAACUACAGGAUGAAAUCCAGGUGACAUCUAUCUCACAUGUGGAAGUGCAAAUCCCAACUCAGCUGUCUAUACCUACUACAUUUUCAAAUAGAUUUGAGGGGUUGGAAAUUGAGGGAGGUAAAUUGGUGGUGGAUUUAGACUAUCCUGUAACCAACUGUGAUCAUACCCAUGGGGAGGCAAACCCUGUUCAUGGAAGCCUUUUUGCUUUAUUUGUCUACUAUUGA